AUGAUCACGAACUGCUUUGCAAAGGCCGCAGCCACGGGGGGUAACCAGUCCCAGGACGGGACUGGCCCCGUGGUGGACAGCUUGCUUGGAGCACGGACUUCGGUCCUCCCAACAGGCCAUAGAGAUAUGGAUAUGGGGCUCCUAGUCAUCGGAGAUGUACAAGACUCGCCAGCCACCCCCAAAACACCGAACAAAAGUGAUGAUAAGGUGACCUCAGGGAACGGGUCGACCACAAAUCCACUGAAUCGACGCCCACCCCCCCAUUGUCGGGUCAAUAAGCGUACCAAUAAGGCAAAGCCUACCAAGGGAAAGACCCAGCAAGUGGAGAAAGGUCUCCAACAGAUUGAUAAGAUGUUUCAGAUUGAGACACGCGCUCCACCCGCUGCUCAGCCUCGUGCUGUCCUGACUGACCGCAACGAGGUAAUCAACCAAGCUGUUGGGAGAUCGGCAGGUAUAUGCGAGAGACCCCAAGUCAGCCCUACGCGAGACCAUGAUAAAAGCGAACCAAUACAUGUGCCGUAUGAUUCUUUCUACCCUGAAGACCAGGAAAAUUGGGAGUGGGGGGUCAUGAUCCCCAGCAACCUUGAAGCCACGUCUGCGAUCCAAAUACGCUGGAUUGUUGCGUCCUGA